UAGUAAUCUAAUGGCCUUGACAUUCAGAGCUGGCCAAAAUGUCAACAAGGUUGUAAGUAAUGUCAACUACUGUAUAAUUUCAAAGUGGAUCUCCCGAGUUUCUUCGAGAGAUUUUCAUCAUGAGAAACAGAAGUAAUUCUGGAGUCAGGCUUGACUACUUCCAACGUCUUAUUAACAAGACAAUUUUGAAGUUUCAGAACCCAAUAACUGGCUUGUUUGGAACAACAGAGCAUGACAGCCAUGCGUGGGUCAGAGACAAUGUGUACACCAUUAUGGCUGUGUGGGGCAUUGCCCUGGCAUACAGGAAAAAUGCAGACUUAGAUGAGGAUCUUGCAAAAGCAUAUGAAUUGGAACAGUCUGUGGUGAAACUGAUGAGAGGCUUAUUACGCUGCAUGAUGCUACAAGUGGACAAACUGGAGAAGUUUAAGAAGACACAGAGCACAAAGGACUGCCUGCAUGCAAAGUACAGCAGCCAGACAGGGAAAACUGUGGUAGGGGACAGUGAGUGGGGCCACCUGCAGAUUGACGCCACCUCGCUGUUUAUAUUGUACCUAGCGCAGAUGACGGCUGCAGGUCUUCAGAUUAUUUACACCUUGGAUGAAGUAGCUUUUGUACAGAAUCUAGUUUUCUACAUUGAGACAGCCUACAGAACUCCAGAUUAUGGUGUUUGGGAGAGAGGAGAUAAAACCAACCAUGGGCUCCCAGAACUGAAUUCCAGCUCUAUAGGAAUGGCAAAGGCUGCCUUGGAAGCCAUCAAUGAGGUGGACCUGUUUGGUGCACGGGGCGGCCCUGCCUCGGUGAUUCAUGCCCUGCCUGAUGAGGCACAGCAGUGCCAGGCCAUACUACACUCCAUGCUGCCCAGGGAGUCAAACUCUAAGGAAAUCGAUGCAGCUUUGAUAUCUGUGAUCAGCUUUCCAGCAUUUGCCGUUGAUGACAUAGAGAUAAUCAAGAAAACUCGACAAGAAAUUGAGGAUAAACUUAUGGGUAACUAUGGUUGCCGCCGUUUCCUGCGUGAUGGCUACAAGACAGCCCGUGAGGACCCAAACAGACUGCACUACGAGCCCUGGGAGUUACUGGCCUUUGAGAAGAUCGAGAACCAGUGGCCAAUGUUCUACGCCUUCUUCAUACUGGACGGCCUUUAUAGGGGUGAUACUGAAUCAGUAGAGAAGUACAAGGCCCUGUUAGACCCAGUAAUCACAAGAACAGAUGAUGGCAACCUCUAUAUGCCUGAGAUGUAUUCAGUACCCAAAGACAAGGUUGAUAUGGAGAUCCGGUCAAGGGACAGUCAGAAAAGGGAGCGUACAGGAAAGAUGCUCCACCUGUGGGGCCAGUCUCUCUUCAUACUGGGCAGGCUCAUUGACGAGAAAUUUAUAUCGCCCGGAGAGUUGGACCCACUCAACCGUCGUCUUAUCACAGAGCCGCGACCUGAUGUAGUGGUACAAGUUGUGGUGAUAGCAGAGGACAUGAUGAUGCAGAGCCUUAUGGCCGAGCAAGGCAUUGCUGUGCAGACAGUGAGUCAGGUGGCCCCCAUACAGAUCUACCCUGCCAGGGUCCUCAGUCAGAUCUACUCUCUACUUGGGAAGAACAAAGGCAUGGGUCUGACAGGGCGCCCGUCCAGUGAGAUCGGUCUCCUGGCAACCAGUAAGCUCUACAUACUGCAGGACCAGAUACUUGCAUUUAUACCACAGUUUAUAGAUCAGCAUCAGUUUUACUUGGCCCUUGACAUAGAUUUUCUUGUUGACACUAUGAAAAAUACCAUGGAAGAUUUGGCGCGCAACUGGCGUAUGAUGGGCCGACCAACGUUUGUGUGCACCAUCAACACAUCCAUGCUAGACCAUAACCAGAAGCUGCCCAGUUCACUGGUGGGAACCAUUAAGAAGCUACAGAGUGGUUACAUCGCUGGCACCCGGGUCCAUCUGGGAGACAUGGGUGACUUCGUCUCCACAUCAUGCAUAACCAAGCUGAGCUUCGUAAACACUGACACUCAAUAUGCAGGACAAGAUUCCCAGAUCUCUGACUUCCUUGGCGACGUUCUCAAGAAAGCUUGUCCUCGCCCCAGACUGCUCAGCCUUGGUAAGAAAGCGUCGCGUUCGUACAGACACAGUUCCAUACGGGGCAUUGUACGAAGGUCAAGGUCAAUUGCUGUCAAUGCCGAAGACAUACCAGCGCUGUCGUUUGCUCUGCGGAAGCUGGAGAAGGGAGAUUUCUUCGAUGAAGAUCUAGAAGCAACCCUCCCAAGAAUAAACACAAGUGAAGAGCUUGCCCAUCCCCACCUGAAGGGCAAUGGUCGUUCCCCCAUGUGUACCCCAAAUAGAAGCCCGGUCCAGAGCCCGAUGGGGUCCCCCAAGGCCCAACACAGGCUGUGGCCGUUCAUGGACAAGUUCAACAACGACUCCUCCUACAACAAUGUAGAUGUACAUGAGCUGGUGGACCAGCUGUCUCAGUCUGAGAAUCUCAAUGAGCAGGCCGACAUCAUUCACUACCUGUACAUUAAGCAGGGUCCAAAUUGGGACACUGAGGUAGAUGGAAAAUCAUGCACUGUGAGAGAACUUCUAGUGGAGCUAUAUGAAAAGGCUGGCCAUUGGAAGCAGUGGUGGCUGGUGAGGCAUGCAGCAGGCAUGUUGAAGAAGAGGGUAGAGGACCUCGCAUUGGCUGCCACAGACCUGCUGGUGAGGCAGAAGCAGCUGUCAGUGGGCCUCCCCCCGGACCGGGAGAAAAUCAUUACAGGUCCCCUGCCCCCAGAUGAGCUGGCUGCAAUCAUAUAUGAGUCCUGUGGCGAUGACCUGAGCACAGCCUCUCUCACGCAGGAAAUACUGAUAUACCUUGCCAUGUUUAUCCGCACGGAGCCCAAACUGUUCAAGGAGAUGCUGCGUAUGCGUGUAGGACUGAUCAUACAGGUCAUGGCCUCGGAAAUGUCGAGACUCUUCAAGUGUUCAGGUGAGGAUGCGUCUGACCACCUGUUGAACCUUUCUCCAUACGAGCUGAAGAUGAUGUUACACCACAUUCUCAGUGGCAAAGAGUUUGUCAUCACAACAGUUAUGAACGAAUAUGAUGAUGAGUACAAGUUUUCAGUAGUAUCAAAACAGUCACGACAGGAGACUUCGGCCUUUGCCUCAAAGCUGAGUAGAAAAGGACUACCCAAUCAGAAGAUGCCCUCAGUUACUGUGCAGUCACCACCGUCGGCUGCCGGCAAGCCAGAGAUAGAGGAUGAAAUGGAGGACCGCCAGGGUCAGUGGCUCCGUCGGCGUCGGCUAGAUGGUGCUCUUAACCGAGUGCCGGUCGGUUUCUACACCCAGGUCUGGAAGGUGCUGGAAAAGUGUCAUGGUUUGAGCAUCGGCAGCCACUUCUUGCCUCACAGUCUCACACGAGAGAUGACCUCGGGUGAGUUCAAGUUUGCGCUGCAGGUAGAGCGUGUGUUGAACAUGAUCCCGCAGCCUGAGUACCGACAGCUGAUGGUUGAGGCACUCAUGGUGACCACCCUUCUGGUGGAAGGAGAUUGUCGCAUCAACCUCAGUGGGCAGGUGCUAAAUGUGGACAAGAUCGUGCAACAGGCUAACAGCAUCUUCAUCAAAGAACAGAACAUCUCAAGUGAGGUGGUGAAUCACUCCACCGGGUCUGCAGGUAUCUGCCUUCACUUGUACGAUACCGCCCCCAGCGGUCGCUAUGGCACCAUGUCCUACCUGGCUCGUGCCUUGGCAGUCUUCAUGAACAUUGGGGACCACCAGAACCUGGAGUGCAACAUCAGCUGAGCACAUGGGAGACAACUGUGGGGAAGCAUCCAUCUGGGAUUGUCUCACCUGUAACUAGGAAAGGGAGUAAACUUGAAUGAGAUAAAUUUGUCAUUCAGGAGUGUUUAUCACUCUGGCUCUUGAACGAAAGGAGGUUACUUAGGAUUUGUAAUCAUAGAUUGAUCUUUCCUGCAACCAAAACAAGGGAGGCAAAUCUUGGAAUUUGUCACGCAGGAGUGAUUUUCCAUGACAGAAGGGGUGGGGGGGGCAGUUUAUUAUAUGUGAGACAUUGGUUCCCCUGACUUGAAAAGAUUUCAGGGUCGACCGAGUGUGGAAUAUGAAUGGUCUUCAAUUUUUUCCAGAAAUCCUACUGGCAUGAAAAUGUUGAUUGGAAUGUUUCCAUUAACUGCAUGCUUGUUCAAAGUGAUAUGACAUAGCUUUACAUGCAGUAAACACAUAACCAAAGACCACACCAAUGAUUAUUUUUUAUUUGCUGGCAGUAUACUUUUUCAGAUGAUUCAGUAUCAUUUUUUAUAUCGAACUACAGUCAAGUUAUAUAUACAUGUUGUGUUAUACUUACUUUGCUGUUUUAUAUCAUGUAAAAUAUGGUUUUCCAUGAUGCAGUAUAAUGCAAUACAAUUUUGACAGAUUGUUCCAGGAGUCAGAUAUUUUAUGCAUGUUUUCGUUGCCAAUUAGUUAAGUGAUGACCUUAUGUUAAAUCCAUGGAAUUAUAAUGUUUAAUUUUUUUUAAUUGAGUGAGCAUAUUUAAUACUAUUUACCAAAACACAAAUUUUGUCUUAAUGUAGAUGUGUUCAGUAAUUUUUGUUUAAAAUAUAAAAGUACACCACUUUUAAAUGAAUAAAUACUCCCUUAUCAGAACACUGUUGCAGUUUGUUUAAGUAUCUAUUGUAUAAAAAAAAAUGUAAACCAUUUAAUGUUCUUAAAUAAUUAGUGUGCGAGUUGAAGUACUGAACUUCUAAUUGUGGGUUUAUCAUUCAGUAUUUUAACCAAGGUAAAAUAUUGAGUAUAUAGUGUUAUGUUUAUGCUUUGUGUGAUACUGUUUUCACUACUCCUAAUUUUAUU